AUGCCUCGUCAUGCCGUGUAUCAGCCAUCUUGUGCACGCUUUGUCCAGUGCAUCCAUCAUUCAGCGACCAGAGUAGUCAUCGGCGGUGGCUACGACAGCCAUUGUCUUGUUGGAGCAGCGUUCCGGAAGUAUACCACCAUCAAUGCCCAAAACCGCAAGGUCAAACGGAAGUUCGGCAGCAAGAUGUAUGAAAGCUCUUGCUCCUACCAAACGGCGCUGGAUCUGAAACGGGCCACCUCGCCGCUGAUUACCCACCAGGUAAAGUCCGAGGACUGUCUCGGGUUGACCCAGUGUGCUACCGAUUGGGGUUCGUACCGUUUCCACCAGUCGACCUUUGAACAGUUGAAGCAAAGUGUAGAGAAAGCUAAAGCCGCACUGCAGGAUCGGACAGUUUUCCUCGGCAGUUCUAGUGCUUUCAGUGACAUUUACUCCUCCCCGCGGCUAACAGAAUCGUUGGAAAAUGUGAUAUCGCACAAUAGUUCUAACACUAACAACAACAAUAAUAACACCGAAAGUAGCAAUAGCAAUAACAACGCAAGUGGAACCACGAGUAACAACAACAGUAUUAACAACUCUGGCAGCAGUGCUAACAACGGUAGUGGUGCCAGCGCAGGCGGAGGUGGUGGCGGAAGCAGUGGUGGUGGUGGUGGUAGUGGUUCCAGUAGUGCCAUCAGUGUGAUUAAUGCGACCUCUCUUGUUUCGCCAAGCAAUCUGCUGGUGGGCAACGGGCUCACGUCCCAAAGACAUCGGAGUGAUUUAUUGGGGACAGGUAAUCUGAAUCUAGUGUCGUCAACCCAAUCGCCGACCACCACUUCCACACCGUCGUCCAUAUUGUCGCAGAAUCUGGAAUCCCCGUCGCUGGACGUAAAACCCAGGCAAGAUUCAUCGUAUAAAUCAUCAUGGGGUUCGCACAGUUCAUCACAAAGUCAAAGCUACAGUUCGAAUGCACUGAGCAGCGUUAGCGUCGGGAAAACCUCAUUAGAUGCACAUUCACACUUUAGACAGCCAGAUCCAUAUCAGAUGUUUGGUCCCACCAGCAGUAGACUAGCUAGUUCAGGUUCAGGUCAAAUUCAGCUGUGGCAAUUUCUGCUGGAACUGUUGAGCGACUCCACCAAUGCCGCCUGUAUCACGUGGGAAGGAACCAACGGCGAGUUCAAACUGACCGAUCCGGACGAGGUGGCGAGGCGCUGGGGCGAACGGAAAUCCAAGCCAAACAUGAACUACGACAAGCUGAGCCGGGCGUUGAGAUAUUACUACGAUAAGAACAUCAUGACCAAAGUGCACGGCAAGCGUUACGCAUACAAAUUCGACUUUCAGGGACUGGCCGCGGCAACGCAACCGCAAACGGAUCCGACGUACAAGUAUCAGAGCGAUCUGUUCAUGUCGCCGUACCACCACGGGGCCAAGCUGAGCUCGUUUAUGAGCCCACACCACAGCAUGACGUCAUCUUCCGCCUCCAUCUUCCCGUCGGCCGCCUCCUGGGGCAACUGGGGCAGCCCAGCCACCAAUCUGUACCCCUCGCACACGAUGUCCCACGUGACACCGUCUCACGUUGCGCCCCAUCUGGGUUCGUACCCGCACUACGCAUGA